CACCAUGGCAACUGCACCGUACAACUACUCUUACAUCUUUAAAUAUAUUAUUAUUGGGGAUAUGGGAGUAGGAAAAUCUUGCUUGCUUCAUCAAUUUACAGAAAAAAAAUUUAUGGCUGAUUGUCCUCACACAAUUGGUGUUGAAUUUGGUACAAGAAUAAUUGAAGUUAGUGGCCAAAAAAUCAAACUGCAGAUUUGGGAUACAGCAGGACAAGAACGGUUUAGGGCAGUUACGCGGAGCUACUACAGAGGUGCCGCAGGAGCACUUAUGGUGUACGAUAUCACUAGAAGAAGUACAUAUAACCAUUUAAGCAGCUGGUUGACAGAUGCAAGGAACCUCACCAAUCCAAAUACUGUAAUAAUUCUCAUAGGAAAUAAAGCAGAUUUGGAGGCACAGAGAGAUGUUACAUAUGAAGAAGCCAAACAGUUUGCUGAAGAAAAUGGCUUAUUGUUCCUUGAAGCAAGUGCAAAAACGUAAGUAUAGCCAAAGUGAAGAUUAUGUUUUGCUUAUUUUGAUGUUUCUUAAAGUAAAACCUUGAAUAUGGGAACUCUCUAGGAAGAGAAAUUUCUAUUUAAAUGUAUAGCGUUCAUGAUAGGUAGAAAACAACCCUUUACUUCCUGUUUCAAGAUUCAGGAUAAAUAUUCAUUUUUAUUACUUUACCUAAAGAUUGUACCUUGAUUUUGUACUCAUUUGUAACCUAGGUUUUAAAAACAUGCAUUUCCGAAGUGUUUGACUUUAAUAACUGAGGUUGAGUCUGGCAUCUCAGACCCAAGCCUAAUCAGUUCUUCAUCUGAUAUGUCUGGUCGUGGUGAAAAGCAUGACGUAAGGAACUACUUAGAAGCUAAGAAUAACCAGAAGCAUAACCUUUUCCAGUUGUUCUCUUUUGUUCAUAUUAAACCCGGUGACUCUUAGCAUAAUUUUAUUAACUGGAUCAAACAUUCCUUGCAGUGGUGUAGCCCAUUUGUGUGUUGUUGUUUUUUUUCAUAUUAAAACAUUUUAAGUUCCACUUGACUUUAUUGCAUUAUAUUUGAAACGAUAUAUAAUAGUUCUUGUAAUACUUAACACAUCUGUGCUUAUAAUUUUUUUAAGUUAUCAUAAGAAGGCCUAUAUCAACAAACCCAGGGACAAGGGAAGAAC